AUGUAUGUCACUGCAAAAGGCAUAAAACGUGUUCUUAAAACGGCUGUUCCUCGUGUAGCGAUUGAACCGGACAAUGGCGAUGAUACUGAAUCCCUGGAUGGAUUCGCGCUGUCGGUAGCAGCAGAUGGGCGGUUCCUGUACAUAUCUGAAACUGUUUCUAUAUAUUUAGGAUUAUCACAAGUGGAGAUGACAGGCAGUAGUAUAUUUGACUACGUGCAUCAAAGUGAUCAUGCUGAAAUAGCUGAACAACUUGGUUUAUCUCUUACGGGAAGACCUGGACAAACUGGGUUAAAUAGUCCAGCAUCCGGGAGCGAAGAAGGAAGUCAACAUGGAACUAACAAUCCAGACGUAUCAUCUCAAAUGAGUCUAGCGGCAAGUGGAGCAUUAUACCGGGGUAUGGACCGAGCGUUUUGUAUAAGAAUGAAGAGCACGUUAACUAAGCGAGGCUGCCACUUUAAGUCUUCAGGAUAUCGGGUCGUUCUGAUGUUGUGUCGCCUCCGGCCCCAGUACUCCUUUUCCCAUAGCCGCAAAUCUCCAACUGUACUUCUAGGAAUGGUGGCUCUCGCCAUAGCGUUACCUCCGCCAUCAGUCCACGAGAUCAGACUAGAAUCAGACAUGUUUGUCACGAGAAUCAACUUUGACUUCCGAAUAGCACAUUGCGAGCCCAGCAGGGUAUCAGAGCUCCUGGGCUACACUGCUGAGGAGUUGACGGGGAAAAACCUGUACGCGCUUUGCCACGGAGAGGACGCCAAUAAACUUAGAAAAUGUCACGUAGAUUUAAUAAACAAAGGCCAAGUCUUGACACACUACUAUAGGAUAAUGAACAAGCUUGGCGGCUACACCUGGAUGCAGACAUGUGCCACAGUUGUCUGCUCCUCCAAGAAUGCCGAAGAACAAAAUAUUAUCUGCGUCAACUAUGUUAUCAGUGGACGAGAAUAUCCUAACACAGUAAUGGACUGCUGUCAGCUGGAAGAAAGCGUACAGGGAGUGAAAAGAGAAGAAACAACAGGUGACCCAGAAAACGGACCACCUGACACGGACAACUCAGGAGCACCGCCACCUCCUCCCCGACACCCCACUGAACGGACCGAACCACCAACCAACACAGACUCCGCUUCCACAGCGCCAGUUCCCACUUCUGACGUAACCCAUCUAACGAGACUCAGUGACGCUCAACCUUUACCUCUCCACACGAACACUGAAAGAACAUCCCCUAUGCCAGCUAGAAGACUGAAGAAACGAAAGCACACGACUGAUUGUGAAGAUGAAACAGACAGAGAGGAAGAUAGACGGAAGUCUUCUUCUAAUCCUGGAGCUGCAAUAUCACCCGCAGAAAGAGACAUUACUAAGACAAACUUAACAAUACCCGAAGGAGGAUCGGAUGCCACAUCUGUUAGAGAUCUGGAGAAUGCCAUGUCCAAACAUUUGCCAUCAGUCGCUUUAGAUGGAAAAGAAAUAUCGCAUCGACCGACUGACUUUUCAACUGAUGCUCUACUGAAGCAACAACAGCAAAAAUCAACAAUACAAUGGAUUGGCACCCAAAACCAUCACUUUAACCACUUAAACAGACAGAUCCAAGGUAACCACACUUCGACACCCGCAUCAGCUUUGCUAAGGCAACUGUAUGCAAACAGAGAAAGUGUGAUUAGAAGUAAUAUCUUAGGAGAUGGUCGAACUGGUGGUUACUACUCUAGUGACGGCCAAACAGGACCUUUACCCACACCGCCAGGUAGUGAGGGAUCAGGUUAUAGCGAGCAGCUAGGGCAUAAAGGGACUGAUAUUGGUUCGUUAGCUUACGGGGGCUAUGCAGACUACCAUUCAGCAAUGACUCCUCCAGGCUCAGUGUCUCCACGAGACAAGCAGCAGUACGCUUUGCCAUACGAUAAUAGUGCUUAUUCUGAAGCAUUACGACACUCUUACUUAGGUGAAGCACCAUUGCCAUUAAAGCCCCAAGCGUAUUCAGCAGUACCUGGUGCAUUAGAUUACGCUUCAUCGCUGGACCAGUCUCAAUUCUUCCAUCCACCUUCAACAUUUCACUUGUACCAUCCACAAGCGCAUUCAGCGCACCCGCCGCAUCCGCAUCAACCUGUAGACAAGUCCGCACCACCAAAUACCAACUGGUACUCCACGAGCUCAUAG